AUGAGCUGGCUUCGCAGUGACCGACUCGCCACGGUUGGUUUACCCGGCGGAGGCAUCAAUCUCGCCUCAUGCGCCAACUCGCCCCAUUUUCACAUUACCCUAAAGCCGGACCUCGAGGAGGAAGGGGCUUAUAAACUUCAUGGCGAAAUCAUCAUCCAACGCAUUUUCGCCGAGAACGAAACGUUCGUCCAACUUCCCACAACCAUCGCGAACGUCCCUUCUGCCAACUAUUCCGCCACUGGCCUUGUAGUGACUGAUGACAACGGUAUAGUUCCUUAUACCUCCUUCAUCGUCGAACAAGGCUUCUCUGGUCUUCCCCAUCGUCACUGGAAAACCCAGAGAGCCACUUCGGGACCCGUCUCUGUCCGCUUCACAGCUCAUCCUCGUCAAGUCAAUCGGGACUCUCUUACCUCACCACAUUUCGAUUUGAGGAAUGGAACCAACGGCCUCACCGGUUCAUUAUGGGGUGUUUUACCGGUUCAUGACCCUACCGCGGAGGACGAGUAUGACUUCACUGUGUCGUGGGACCUAGACCCAGAUCAGAGCGCGGCGUUCACCUGGGCAGAUGGCGUAGGAUCUUUCAGUCACAGAUUCUCGGGUAGAAUCACCGACCUCCUUUUCACUUUCUUUAUAGUCGGCGAUGUCCAUGCAUACCCCUCCAUACCCACAAGGAAGGGGGGCAAAUAUGGCAUGUACUGGCUGGCAGAGCCGCCCUUCAAUAUCACAGAGACGGCCAUCUUCAUUGAAAACCUAUUAGCCGAUGAGACCAGCUUCUGGGAGGAAAAUUCGGACCUACCGUACCGUGUCUUUGUCCGGGUCAAUGAGGAGACCCAGAAAGCGAGUAUGGCGAAAGGAUCGGGCGGCACUGCGCUACAGCGCUCGUUCAUGUUCGGAUACAACGAAGAGUACGGCAUCAACGAGCUCACACUAAAGACACUUUUGGCCCAUGAAAUGACACACAAUUGGACACCCUGGAUCACUGGCAGCCAAGCUGAAGCAUCACGAUUUGCGGAGGGCGCGGCAGAGUACUGGUCGCUGCGGCUGAUGUGGCGAAACGGAUAUAUCACGUCCCACCAGUUCCUCUCGGAAAUGAACCACCGUUUGUACAUGUAUUAUACCAACCCAACUCGAAACCUGUCAGAUGAAGCCGCAAUGGAGGUGGCGUGGUUGCAGCGCGAGGCCCAGAGAAUUCCCUACGGCCGUGGAUUGAUUCACAACGCCAACAUCGAUGCUGAUUUACGAGCCCAAUCCAACGGUAUGCAAGGGCUCGACCUCAUUGCCAGGGCCUAUGUCAAGAUGUGCCCAAGCAACAUUGCUUGCGGAGCCGAGCAAUGGUUUCCCCUCCUCGAAGAUGCUCUUGGCAAGAAGGCUCUGGAAGAAUGGCAUCAGACAACGACGGGUAAGCCCCUCAUCGAGCCAAGAGAGGGCAGCCUCGGCCCAUGCUUCGAUGUUUACAAGAACAGCACAGAGCCAGUGAUUUGGCAAUGGAAGCCUAAGAAGGAUGUUGACCUCUCCAGCAAGGACUGCUUGGUUUAG